CUUCGCCAUUUUGUACUGCUGCGCCGGGAAUCUAUCGGGAGAAUCGUGACUAGACCCUUCUACUGCUGUUUAGGUGGCCUGUCAACGUUUCCCCGCUCGGAAAUUCACAUACCUAGACCGUGGCCUUUAGUAGUUGAAAGAACCCAUUUAGGGACACUUGCCUUUAAAUAUUUUUGUAUCAUUUUGUACUGUUUGAGAGAGAAUGUCGUCCGACAGCCCCGAAUACUCCCCGUUCUUCGCUGUGAUGGGCGCAUCAGCGGCAAUGGUGUUUAGUGCACUGGGCGCCGCGUAUGGCACGGCCAAGAGUGGCACGGGCAUCGCUGCCAUGUCAGUGAUGCGCCCGGAGCUCAUCAUGAAGUCCAUCAUCCCAGUGGUCAUGGCGGGUAUCAUAGCCAUCUACGGGCUGGUGGUGGCUGUGCUCAUCGCCAACAACAUCUCAGAGCGGAUCACGCUCUUCAAGAGCUUCCUGCACCUGGGCGCAGGGCUGAGCGUGGGUCUGAGCGGCCUGGCCGCGGGCUUUGCCAUCGGCAUCGUGGGAGACGCGGGCGUCAGGGGGACGGCCCAGCAGCCCCGCCUGUUCGUGGGCAUGAUCCUCAUCCUCAUCUUUGCCGAAGUGCUGGGACUGUAUGGGCUCAUCGUGGCCCUCAUUCUCUCCACCAAAUAAACCACACCUCCACCAUCCUUUGCUGCUGGGAGGGAUGGGAGGGACCUGUUAAAUCUGGGAGGGGCUGGGAGUGGGAGAGGGACGUCUGAAACCAGAUUGAAAAAAUAGUAUCAAAUGUGGGGUUUAAAAAAAUCUAAAUAUUUAAAGGAAAAAAAAAAAAGCUCCAUAAAAAUAUGGUCUUUCAAUGUGUACAGUUGUUUUGAUUUGAUAGUCAACUUCCUGUAAAUGCGCAAUGUAGUGAUUUUUGUCUUUUCUGUGUGUGAAAUAUGAAAAAAGGUGAAAAAAACAGAUGAUUCUCCUCUCUUCUCCAACACCCUCUUCUCAUUCAUCUGUCCUAGUGGUCAGACUCUGAGGUCUAGCAGUGCUCCUCUUUGUUGCAGACUGAUCUUGUGGUCAUCUCCUGGGCCAGCAAGGUCUGAUUUGUGUGCUCCGUCUUACACGGGAGCUGGUCCUGUUAAGUGCAGGGGAUCCCAUCGGUAAACUGGUUGGGAAAAAAAAUAUCUUAAUCUAUGUGGAUGAAAUGAAAUUGUAUGGAAUAGUUUUUUUUUUUUUUUUUUUUUUUUAAUUUUGUCAUUUUUUCCACUGAUUUUAUUUAUAAGGUAAUGACGCUGUACAAAUGGAGCAAAGAUAUUUGGAAUCCCCUUAGUACAUAUGAUGUAAACAUAUAUACAAAGAUAUACAUUAUGAUCAAUAACUAUUAGUUAGCAAUCUGCACUGUCGGUUAAGUGUACCGUGAUUGGACAUUCUAUGGUUGUGUAAACUGGUUCUACUGGGAUUGCCUCUGAUGUGUGUCCGUCGGGCUGGGAGUGUGUAAGUUCGAUGUGUAACUGUGUUUUGACUUCUCACACGUGUGUUUCUCCUUUAGUAACUGCUGUCUGGUUGUAUUAAAGGUGUGUGUGCCCCGUGGUGGCUCUCACAAGUCUAAUUUCCAAA